CAACGACAGAGGCAGCGGUACUGGCGCAUGACCACUACACAGCAUGUCCAACGUGAAAGAGGAGAAGAGAAAGGCGGACGAGGGAAUCAAUGGACAUGAUGCGAAGCGUCAGAAGCCCUCGGUCUCUCCACCGCGACGCGAUGUAGGAGAUGACGGAGGAGAGGGCGGAGCGAGCAGAGAGGGACUGGGAGAGGCGGCACCAUUCGACGAUGGAAGGGACGACUCCGACGAAGACGCAUUCACCAUCAACCACGACGCGUAUCCCGAGAAGCCGGCGGUCAUCGAAGAGCGUGCCGGUGACAUUUCUUUCUACGUCGUCAACAACGACGGCAAGCCUUCCUCGCACAUUAUCCUCACCGGGCUGAAGUGUAUCUUCCAGAAACAGCUUCCAAAAAUGCCCAAGGACUACAUCGCCCGCCUCGUCUACGAUCGCACGCACCUCAGCAUAGCAAUUGUCAAACGCCCCCCGCCAGGAUCCUUCGCCGAGUCUAGUAAUCUCCCCGGCGAAGUUGUGGGAGGCAUCACAUAUCGUCCCUUCAGGGGAAGGCAGUUUGCCGAGAUCGUAUUCUGCGCUAUCAGCAGUGACCAGCAGGUCAAGGGCUACGGCGCUCAUCUCAUGAGCCAUCUCAAGGACUAUGUCAAGGCGACCAGCGACGUCAUGCACUUCCUGACGUACGCCGAUAAUUAUGCCAUUGGCUAUUUCAAAAAGCAAGGAUUCACAAAGGAAAUCACUCUCGAUAAGCCAAGGUGGAUGGGCUAUAUCAAAGACUACGAGGGAGGAACUAUCAUGCAGUGCUCCAUGCUGCCGAAAAUCAGCUAUUUACAGUCCGGCCGCAUGCUGCUCAAACAAAAGGCUGCCGUGCAUGCAAAGAUCAGAGCAGUUUCGAAGAGUUAUGAAGUGCAUCAGCCACCCAAGGCAUGGAGAAACUUAAAACCUGGACAGGCUCUGCCCGAACUUGAUCCUCUCGACAUACCCGCAAUCAAAGCAACUGGCUGGUCUCCCGACAUGGACGCCCUCGCCCGCCAACCACGCCGAAAUCCCUCGCACAGUCUUUUGCUAGGCCUGGUCUCGGCUCUAUCGACCAGCAGUAACGCCUGGCCCUUCUUACAGCCCGUCAAUGGCGACGAAGUUCACGACUACUACGAAGUCAUCAAGGAGCCCAUGGAUCUCAGCACGAUGGAGCAAAAGCUGGACAAGGACCAGUACGAGACGGUAGAGGACUUUGUCAGGGACGUAUUGCUCAUCGUGCGGAACUGCAAACGGUAUAACGCGGAAACGACACCAUAUGCCAAAGCUGCCAACAAGUUGGAAAAGGAAAUGUGGAAGAAGAUACGCGAGGUGCCAGAGUGGUCGUACUUGGAGCCAGAGAACUUUGAGAGCACUAAUCGUAAGCCGGAGGAUCAAUAGGAUGUGCCACCGCCGAAUGGAUCCUUCUUCAAUCCACCUGAUCCGCCUGACACUCGCAAACACCGACGUCCAUGUCUUUGAAGUAGCGGACCAGGCGUUACUUGCCUUAUGCUUGGGCACGAGAGACACGAGAUAUGAACUUAUUAAUGACUCUCUUUCUUUACUCAGGUAGGUAUACUACCUUGUAUAUAUAUAUGCCGAACAAUGAGCCACGUGCGCCCCGAUUGAUGCAUUCGUACAUGACACAUGUCGCGAACACCUUCCACCCGACCACACGCCCAUGCUCGUGCUCCACAGCCGACUAAUACUCCAUCGCUACCCAGGUAGGGACAGGUACCAAUAAAUUUCCAUCUAAUCAAGCUUCCUGCUAUUGCCGUAUCACUACCCAACACAGUUCUCACAGCAGCCUUUUUUUCAAGAAUGAACCCAAGGAAUGCACGACGCGGACCUAUCAUCAGACCCCAGCAAAGUCGUGUGACUCGCCUAUCGCCAACAUCAUCUGCAGGCGACGGGUGACUCGUGAAAAUGCUAUAAACUUACCUAUUUCCUUACCGAAGGUUUUCUGCAAGACAGUGAUCUAGUUACCUUACAACCUUAUACAAGAAUGUGCUGGGCAGAUGCAAGGCCGUUGAACUAGCAGUAACCGUUGUACUGGUCUGGUAGAUAUAGCAACGGAGAUGGCGAAGGGUUUAUGCACUACUUGGACUUAGGCAAGCAGUACUUAACUUGGGUGUAUGUGGCGCAAGGAGAGCGCGAGGAACUACGAACACCGUCAGCACCUAUUCAUCAACUGUGUCUUGUAAAAGGAAGAAGAGCAGAUUUUGAAAAUUGCCAUAUCAGAGGUUUGAGAAGAUUGUAUUAAGCUGGCGUGAAAGCAUGCUCAACCAGAGUAUCGGCUGAGAGGUCAUAUGGCCCCAGCGCUUGUCAUCAUGGUAGUAGUGAGGUGGUGUCUAUAUGAGAAGAAGGUGUGUGGAUGUGUUCUCAACUUACCCAGGUUUUUCUGCGCUUUGGAUGCCUGUGUAGGUAAAGCGAGUUCUUCCCCC